AUGGCCAACGGUGACGUUAACCAGGCCGACAAGUCGGUCUUCGGCAUGCCCGGCUUCGUCGUCGACUUCAUGAUGGGUGGUGUUUCCGCUGCUGUCUCCAAGACUGCUGCUGCCCCCAUCGAGCGUAUCAAGCUCCUCAUCCAGAACCAGGAUGAGAUGCUCCGCGCUGGUCGUCUCGACCGCAAGUACAACGGUAUCGCCGACUGCUUCCGUCGUACCGCCGCCGCUGAGGGUGUUGUCUCUCUCUGGAGAGGUAACACUGCCAACGUCAUCCGUUACUUCCCUACCCAGGCCCUCAACUUCGCUUUCCGUGACACCUACAAGUCCAUGUUCGCCUACAAGAAGGAGCGUGAUGGAUACGCCAAGUGGAUGAUGGGUAACCUUGCCUCCGGUGGUGCUGCUGGUGCCACUUCCCUCCUCUUCGUUUACUCUCUGGAUUACGCCCGUACCCGUCUCGCCAACGACGCCAAGUCCGCCAAGGGCAACGGUGAGCGUCAGUUCAACGGUCUCGUCGACGUCUACAAGAAGACCCUCGCUUCCGACGGUAUUGCCGGUCUCUACCGUGGUUUCGGUCCCUCUGUUGCUGGUAUUGUUGUCUACCGUGGUCUGUACUUCGGCAUGUACGACUCCAUCAAGCCCGUUGUUCUCGUUGGUCCUCUCGAGGGUAACUUCCUUGCUUCUUUCCUUCUCGGCUGGACUGUCACCACUGGUGCUGGUAUCGCUUCUUACCCUCUUGACACCGUUCGUCGUCGUAUGAUGAUGACCUCCGGUGAGGCCGUCAAGUACAAGUCCUCCGCCGAUGCUUUCCGCCAGAUUGUCGCCCGUGAGGGUGUCAAGUCCCUCUUCAAGGGUGCUGGUGCUAACAUCCUCCGUGGUGUUGCUGGUGCUGGUGUCCUGUCCAUCUACGACCAGGUUCAGCUCCUGCUCUUCGGAAAGAAGUACAAGGGUGGCUCUGGCUAA